AGUUUUUACCUUUUUCCGCUUUUACCUGUGUUGCUUUUUUAUUACAUCUGACAUCAGUAUCAUCAGUACAGUUGGCCUACUCCCUCCUGAAUGGGCUUUAAGGAGAGACAAACAAGUUGUUUCUCUUUCCUUCAACUAUACAACUAACUCAGGUGAAACAGAGGUGCAAAGAGGUUUGGUGUGUGUUGGAAGGUUGAUUAUUUGUUGAAGCAUUCAAUCGCGAAUCCGAUGGAUACCUUUUCACGGAGUAGUGAAACGAUCCGUGUUUAGUUUUCUCUUACCUGUGCUCCGUUGAAGUCGUCAUCAUAUUCUCGUCCGAUACAAGAGAAUCUGUCUUCUAGAGUUUGGAACCUUGCACCUUUUAGAAAAUAUAUCUAAAUGGAAGUUAAUCUAACGGAUUAAAACAAAAAUUUACAUUUACAUUUUUUUCGCAUAAAUAAUUGUAUAUUUUUUUGAUAAGAAUAUUUUGUGUCUUCGAAUAAUUUUAAAUAAACGUUUCUAUAAAAAGAGAAAAUAGAAAAGGUUUAAACAUAUAAAUCGGUGUUUGUACAAGAAGUGAAAAAAUACAUAUAUUACAAAAAUUAUACAUAUAGCUCUUCAAUCUAGAUAUAUGUACCUACGUGUUUAGUUUUAAAACAGAAGAAUUGUGAAUUGUGAAAAAAGAGGAAAAAAGAGUGCAUUCACCUCGUUCUUCCCAUCGUUUUUCUCUUUUUAGCGCGCCGUACCGUCAUCGUCGUCGUACUAGUCGUCGUUGUUGUCGUACCAGAACCAGGUGUAUUUUUUUAUUUUAUUAUUAUAUGUUUGUAUCUAGUUUAUCAAGUUGUAAAGUGCUAACUAAAGUACUUAAAAAAUUACUUUUUUCCUUCCUUAAAAAACCAUCAUCAACAAGAUUGAUGUACAUUUAUCAUAGUGUAAGCAAGGAUUAAGUAAGAGAGAUAUGUAAUAUCUCUCCAACUACUACCAACUAUCAAAGCACAUUCGUAACGUUCGUCGUUGUCGUCGCGCCGCGCUACUGUGUAGUAAUUUUGUUGGAAUUUUUAUCCUAACGGUAUAUAGCGGAAUUUUAUACCUAGUUGACGUGCGUUGCGUCUUCGAGCCAAGUACUGAAUUCUUGAGACUGCACAUUUUGGAUAAAAAAAAUUAUCUUUUAGAAAUUCAACUUGUUAAUGCACAAAAUAGACGGAACAAAUCUGGACCUCUAAAAGUUUGAAGUCAAUGAAGGUCAAAAAUGGUUAUAGUAACACGAGGUGACUACAUCUGGAUCGAACCCGUAUCGGGCAGGGAAUUCGAUGUAGCCAUUGGAGCUCGUGUUAUCUCAGCAGAGGGACGUCGCAUUCAGGUGCGUGACGAUGAUGGGGAUGAAGUAUGGCUGGCGCCCGAGAGACGCAUCAAAGCGAUGCAUGCGUCAUCGGUGCAGGGUGUGGAGGAUAUGAUAUCUUUAGGUGAUCUUCAUGAAGCUGGAAUCCUGAGAAAUCUAUUAAUUCGUUAUAAGGACAAUUUAAUCUACACCUACACAGGUUCUAUUCUUGUAGCUGUGAAUCCUUACCAAAUUCUACCGAUUUACACGGGUGAACAAAUAAAACUCUACAAAGAACGUAAAAUCGGUGAAUUACCUCCGCAUAUAUUUGCUAUCGGAGAUAGUGCAUAUGCUCAUAUGAAAAGAUUUCGUCAAGAUCAAUGUAUUGUUAUAUCUGGUGAAUCAGGAGCUGGUAAGACUGAAAGUACCAAAUUGAUAUUACAAUAUUUGGCAGCAAUAAGUGGUAAACAUUCAUGGAUUGAACAGCAAAUAUUAGAAGCCAAUCCAAUAUUGGAAGCAUUUGGUAAUGCCAAGACUGUCCGAAAUGAUAAUUCAUCAAGGUUUGGAAAAUAUAUUGAUAUACAUUUUAGUGGAAAUGGUGUCAUAGAGGGUGCUAAAAUAGAACAAUAUUUAUUAGAAAAAUCUCGAAUAGUCUCACAAAAUCAUAGUGAACGUAAUUAUCAUAUAUUUUAUUGUAUAUUGGCUGGAUUGUCAGCAGAGGAGAAAAGAAGGCUCAAUUUGGGUGUUUCUGCUGAUUAUAGGUACUUAACUGGUGGUAAUUGUAUAACCUGUGAAGGACGUGAUGACACAGCUGAAUUUUCUGACAUACGAUCCGCCAUGAAAGUUCUUCUCUUUUCGGACAAUGAAAUUUGGGAAAUAAUCAAACUUCUAGCCGCUUUACUUCACUGCGGAAACAUAAAAUAUAAAGCCACUGUAGUGGAUAAUUUAGAUGCCACAGAAAUUCCUGAACACAUUAACGUGGAACGAGUAGCUUCCCUAUUAGGUCUACCCAUUAAUCCACUCAUAGAUGCCCUCACCAGGAGAACACUUUUUGCUCAUGGUGAAACUGUGGUAUCAACACUUUCAAGAGAUCAAUCUGUCGAUGUUCGAGAUGCUUUUGUUAAAGGCAUUUACGGUCGUCUAUUUGUUCAUAUAGUUAAGAAAAUAAACGCAGCAAUUUACAAACCCCGAGCCACAUCCCGUAAUGCUAUUGGAGUUCUAGAUAUUUUCGGUUUUGAGAAUUUCGAUCAGAAUAGCUUUGAGCAAUUUUGCAUAAAUUAUGCCAAUGAGAAUUUGCAACAAUUUUUCGUGCAACAUAUAUUUAAGUUAGAACAAGAGGAAUAUAACCAUGAAGCUAUAAAUUGGCAGCACAUUGAAUUUGUAGACAAUCAAGAUGCCUUGGACUUGAUUGCUAUCAAGCAGCUGAAUAUUAUGGCUUUAGUAGAUGAGGAGGCACGCUUCCCAAAGGGUACUGACCAGACUAUGUUAGCUAAACUGCACAAAACUCACGGCACGCACAAAAACUAUUUGAAACCUAAGUCCGAUAUAAAUACCAGCUUCGGGUUGAAUCACUUUGCCGGAGUGGUAUUCUACGAUACACGAGGAUUUCUCGAGAAGAAUCGGGACACUUUUAGUCCGGAUCUAUUGCAUUUAGUGAGUCAGUCUUCGAAUAAGUUCCUAAGGCAGAUUUUCGCCAGUGACAUUGAUAUGGGUGCUGAGACCCGCAAGAGAACACCCACACUGUCUACACAAUUUAAGAAGAGCUUGGAUGCUCUGAUGAAGACUUUGAGCUCGUGUCAGCCAUUUUUCAUUCGGUGCAUCAAGCCCAACGAGGUCAAGAAACCGAUGCUUUUCGAUAGAGGUCUUUGCUGCCGGCAGUUGAGAUACUCCGGAAUGAUGGAGACCAUAAGAAUUCGACGAGCUGGUUAUCCGAUUCGACAUGGAUUUAGGGAGUUCGUGGAACGUUACAGGUUCUUGAUACCAGGUGUACCACCAGCCCAUCGAACAGAUUGUCAGAGGGUAACUUUACGGAUUUGUUCGAUAGUCUUAGGGAAAUCGGAUUACCAGCUGGGACACACAAAAGUGUUUUUGAAGGAUGCACAUGAUUUGUUUUUAGAGCAGGAGCGCGAUCGAGUCUUGACCCGAAAGAUUCUAAUAUUGCAGCGGACGAUUCGCGGCUGGGUAUACCGUCGACGUUUUUUGCGAAUGAGAUAUGCCGCUAUUAUGAUCCAAAAACAUUGGAAGGGUUACGCUCAACGAAGACGCUAUAAGCUUAUGGUGCACGGGUAUAUGCGUCUGCAAGCACUGAUUAGGUCUCGAGUGCUAAGCACCCGCUUUCGACUACUACGAGCACGAGUUAUUGGGCUUCAAUGUCACUGCCGCGGCUUUCUGGUUCGUCGAGAAUAUGGACAUAAAAUGUGGGCAAUUAUCACAAUCCAGUCCCAUGUUCGGCGGAUGAUAGCAAUGAGGAAAUAUAGAAAACUCAAGGAGGAAUAUAAGCAGUUUGCAGAGGUUCUACACCUUCGGAAACUGGAAGAACAGAAAUUGAAGCAUCAAGGCAACAAACAUGCCAAGGAAAUUGCUGAGCAACAUUAUCGAGAAAGGUUGAAGGAACUGGAACGUCAUGAGAUGGAGGUGGAAAUGGAAGAGAGACGUCGAGUUGAAGUGAAGAAGAACAUAAUCAAUGAUGCGGCUAGGAAACAAGACGAACCUGUAGAUGACGGAAAAUUGGUUGAGGCAAUGUUUGACUUUCUUCCGGAUUCAAGUAGUGAGGCUCCAACACCUCAUGGUGGUCGGGAGACUUCUGUAUUCCAAGAUCUACCCCAUGGAAAUCACUUAAACCAUGAUGAUAUCAUCACUCCGAUGCAUGUUUCUGAAGAUGAAGAAGACUUGUCAGAGUUCAAGUUUCAAAAGUUCGCUGCAACAUACUUCCAAGGCAACACUACUCAUCAGUAUUCUCGGAAGCCUCUAAAACAUCCACUUCUUCCCCUUCAUACGCAAGGGGAUCAGUUAGCUGCACAAGCACUAUGGAUUACUAUUCUUCGAUUUACAGGUGAUCUUCCAGAGCCGAGGUAUCAUACUAUGGAUAGGGAUAAUACAUCUGUGAUGUCAAAGGUUACAGCAACUUUAGGGCGAAACUUCAUUAGAAGCAAGGAAUUCCAAGAAGCUCAACUUAUGGGACUUGAUCCUGAGGCUUUUUUGAAACAAAAGCCUCGUUCGAUUCGUCAUAAGUUGGUCUCAUUGACACUGAAGCGAAAGAACAAACUUGGUGAAGACGUUCGUCGACGUUUGCAGGAUGAAGAAUAUACAGCCGAUAGCUACCAGUCAUGGCUUGAGGCAAGGCCUACAUCAAACUUGGAAAAACUGCAUUUCAUAAUCGGUCAUGGUAUUUUAAGGGCGGAGUUGCGAGACGAAAUUUACUGUCAAAUCUGUAAGCAGCUUAGUAAUAAUCCUUCGAAAUCUUCUCAUGCUCGUGGAUGGAUUCUUCUGUCACUCUGCGUAGGAUGUUUUGCUCCAUCGGAAAAGUUUGUGAAUUACUUGAGGGCAUUCAUUCGAGAAGGUCCACCAGGAUAUGCGCCUUACUGUGAAGAUAGACUGAAGAGGACCUUCAAUAAUGGAACUCGCAAUCAACCUCCAUCGUGGUUGGAACUGCAGGCGACUAAAUCCAAGAAACCCAUUAUGUUACCGAUCACCUUUAUGGAUGGAAAUACUAAGACUCUCCUUGCAGACUCUGCUACAACAGCUCGAGAACUCUGCAAUCAGCUCUCCGACAAGAUAACCUUGUUGGACCAGUUUGGCUUCUCGCUGUACAUAGCACUAUUUGACAAGGUCUCUUCAUUGGGAUCGGGAGGUGAUCAUGUGAUGGAUGCUAUUUCACAAUGUGAGCAAUAUGCCAAGGAGCAAGGAGCACAAGAAAGGAAUGCUCCAUGGCGUCUUUUCUUCCGCAAAGAAAUCUUCGCACCUUGGCAUGAUCCUACAAACGAUCAGGUUGCAACUAAUUUAAUUUAUCAGCAAGUUGUACGAGGUGUGAAGUUUGGUGAAUAUCGAUGUGACAAGGAGGAUGACUUGGCCAUGAUAGCCGCACAACAGUAUUUUAUUGAAUACGGGACGGAUAUGUCUAUGGAGAGAUUAUUUACUCUUCUGCCCAAUUUCAUUCCCGAUUUUUGCUUAACGGGAGUGGAGAAGGCUAUUGAUCGGUGGGCUGCUUUAGUGCUGCAAGCGUACAAGAAAAGCUAUUAUGUCAAGGAAAAUGUUGAAUCGCUGAAGAUCAAAGAAGAUAUUGUUAGUUAUGCGAAAUAUAAAUGGCCUUUGCUGUUCUCGAGGUUCUAUGAGGCUUACAGAAACUCCGGCCCCAAUCUACCUAAGAACGAUGUUAUCAUAGCUGUCAACUGGACCGGUGUUUACGUAGUUGAUGAUCAAGAACAAGUUCUUCUGGAGCUAUCAUUCCCAGAGAUUACAGCAGUCUCAAGUCAAAAGACGAACAAAGUCUUUACACAAACCUUUAGUUUAUCUACAGUUCGAGGUGAGGAGUUUACAUUCCAAAGUCCAAAUGCUGAAGACAUCAGGGAUUUGGUUGUUUAUUUCUUGGAUGGAUUGAAGAAAAGAUCGCGUUAUGUGAUCGCGAUACAAGAUUAUCGAGCACCUUCGGAUGGGUCGUCAUUCUUGUCGUUCCUUAAAGGUGAUCUGAUAAUAUUGGAAGAUGAGUCUAGAGGAGAUGCAGUCCUUAAUAAUGGUUGGUGUAUAGGGCGAUGUGAUCGUAGUCAAGAGCGUGGAGAUUUUCCAGCCGAAACGGUAUAUGUUCUUCCAACCCUCAGCAAACCACCACCCGAUAUUUUGGCACUUUUUAAUGUUGAGGAAGCACAUCAUGGUCGUCGAUUGAGCAUGGUUUCGAAUGGAGCAACUGAUCCACGCGACAGACCCCAUUCACUCAUGGAAUACGCCUUGGAUCAUUUUCGGCUACCGCCGAAGCGAACAAUGUCUAAAACUUUGACACUUGGUUCAAAGCGAAGCAGUGAAGAGAUCUGGCGUUAUUCACGCGAACCAAUUAAAGCUCCAUUAUUGCGAAAGCUGCAGAGUAAAGAAGAACUAGCGGAGGAAGCUUGCUUUGCUUUUGCUGCAAUCCUAAAAUACAUGGGUGAUUUGCCGUCGAAACGUCCCAGGAUGGGCAACGAGAUCACCGAUCAUAUAUUCGAUGCUCCACUAAAGCAUGAAAUCCUGCGCGAUGAGAUAUACUGCCAAAUUAUGAAACAGCUUACAGACAAUCGCAACAGGGUGUCGGAGGAUCGUGGUUGGGAGCUAAUGUGGCUUGCAACGGGCUUAUUCGCCUGCAGUCAAAGUCUUCUCAAGGAACUUCUGGUAUUCCUGCGUACACGACGCCAUCCCAUUUCUCAGGACGCAAUGCAUCGCCUUCAGAAGACCAUACGCAACGGGCAACGUAAAUAUCCACCACAUCAAGUUGAAGUUGAAGCUAUUCAGCACAAAACCACACAAAUCUUCCAUAAAGUGUAUUUCCCCGAUGAUACAGAUGAAGCUUUCGAAGUAGAUUCAUCGACACGCGCCAAAGAUUUCUGCCACAAUAUAUCACAACGACUGACGCUACGGACUAGUGAGGGCUUUAGUUUGUUUGUGAAGAUUGCCGACAAGGUCAUAUCGGUGCCGGAAGGUGAUUUCUUUUUUGAUUUUGUUCGUCAUCUGACAGAUUGGAUAAAAAAAGCAAGACCCAUCAGAGAUGGCUCAAAUCCGCAAUUUACAUAUCAAGUGUUCUUCAUGAAGAAAUUAUGGACAAAUACUGUGCCGGGCAAGGAUAGAAAUGCUGAUUUAAUAUUCCACUAUCAUCAAGAAUUGCCGAAGCUGUUACGUGGAUAUCAUAAGUGUUCAAGAGAGGAAGCUUCUAAAUUGGCAGCUUUGGUUUAUCGAGUAAGAUUUGGAGAGAAUAAACAGGAGCUGCAAGCGAUACCACAAAUGUUGCGAGAGUUGGUGCCGGCAGAUAUUACGAAGAUGCAAAGUGGAAACGAAUGGAAGAGAUCGAUAGUGGCUUCAUAUAAUCAAGAUGGAGGCAUGAGUUCUGAAGAUGCGAAAGUGGCGUUUUUAAAAAUUGUUUAUAGAUGGCCAACAUUUGGAUCGGCAUUUUUCGAAGUGAAACAAACAACAGAACCAAAUUAUCCAGAAAUGCUUUUAAUAGCAAUAAAUAAACAUGGUGUUAGUUUAAUAAAUCCUAUUACGAAGGACAUCCUUGUUACCCAUCCAUUUACACGCAUCUCGAAUUGGUCAUCUGGCAACACUUAUUUCCAUAUGACAAUAGGUAAUCUAGUUCGAGGCUCGAAAUUAUUGUGCGAAACGUCACUUGGCUACAAAAUGGAUGAUCUGUUAACAUCAUACAUUUCACUGAUGCUAACAAAUAUGAAUAAAAAUCGGACAAUACGAGCAAAUUAGUUUAUAAUUUUUAAUUAAUUUAUUUCCUUUAAAUUAAAUUUAUCUACAUUUAUCAUUUAUAUGCAUAUUAUUUCAAAAUAUUAUGUGUUUUGUUAUUAACUAUUUUAUUAUUUUAUAGAGUGCGUAUAGUAUUUCACAGUUUUUUCUUUUUAUUUUCUUGGGCCAACUGAACACGUUUUAAUUUUAAUCGUUUCAAUUUUUUCCUCUUAAACUUUAAUUUAAUAUUUUUUGUCUAUGUUGUUUUUUUGAAUGUUUUGUGUUUUUCUCGACCGAACUUAGUUUAGUUGUUUUAACUUUUUGACUUGAUUUGAUGUAUUAGUAUGUAAUAGUAUAAUCUUUAGUUAUUUUAUUAUAAUAUCUUGUUUAGUGUUAAAAAGUGCAGCUUUUUUUAUUAUAUUUUAUGGUUUAACAGAUAAAACAAAAAUAAAAA